GCACUCUCCAUAAGUCAUGCAUACUUAUGACGUUCCUCCGGGCUCAGAACCGUACACAUACACCGUAACAGACACAUACCGCCAUGACUACGGCAGGCAAACCAGUCACCAGUCAUUCCACAUGUACGGUCGUCCGAGCCUGCCAGGAAUCAAAGCAGGUUUUUCAGCGCCGCGGCACAGGUUGGUUGAGGAGUGGAAGGCGGAUGGCAUCAGGAUGCACGAAGCAGACAUAUUCUCUGCCUCCAGGCCUGCCGCGGAAAAAUUCUAG